AUGAGGGUCUACUUGUAUCAGAUGCGCCCGGUGCUAUUCCUUUUCUACUUGGUUGAGAUCACGGUCAAUAUGAUCCUGAUGAAUUUUCUUCUGGAGAACUUCGUUUUUGUCAACUUGGCUUUGAUGGGAUGGUACAACUUCUUGAGCCAAUUCUUUUACUUAUUUUGCAUUUACAUUUUCACGGUGCUGUCGCUCUUUGCCAGCAUAAAUCUUUGCACUGGAAACCGAUGUUCGAUCGUCGAGGAGGUAGUGCGUCCUCUGAUCGGUUUCUUUGUCUACAAUAUCUGCUCCUUAAUGGCACUCAGCGAUGCCGAGUCGGACAUUUACAUUCUGUACCUGGACGCGAAACCGGAUGAUAUACUGAAGCCGGAAAAGCCACUGUAUCCGUAUUACGAUAAUAUUAGAAGCCAGGCGACAAUCUCCUUGGUGUGCAGUGUGAUCUUCCUGCUGCACUGCCUUAUCGCUGUGGAUGUUCUGCUGUCGAACGAGGAUUCGGAUAGUGAGCGAGACUCAACGGACCCAUCGGACUCCGAUCCCUCGGACGAUAUUGUCGACGAGAUGGACUACGUCCCGGUGCGCCUCUACGUUCUGGGCGGAACUGUACAACGCUGGCUGGAAAAGUUCGAGUGGUUUCAGGAUUUUUCACGCAGUGGAGUCUCCAAUAUAUGA